AUGGAUAAAAAUAACAGAAGUUCUAAGAUUGAAAUAGUUUAGGGUUAAUUCAGAAUAUUGACUAGAGUUAAACGAAGGAUAUCAAUUGAUUUAUUCUAAAGCUAUUAUUCUCAAACAUUGAAAAUUGAAAAUAUAGAACCUAUUAAAGAUAAUUAAAAAAAAAGAAGAAGUAGAAGCUAUUCAAAUUCUAUUUCUUUUUAUGGUUAAGUUUCACAUAUAAAAGAGACUUCUUAAGAUGGCCCAAAUGAAUUCUUUGAAGACUAACUGAAAGAUAAUUUCGAUAAUAGUAGCAAAUCAUAGAUAUCAUCAAAGUUGACAAAUCCAAAUUAUAGAAAAUAUGAUCUGAAUAACAUUUAUGAAACUCGAAAAAAUGAAGUGGAUUUCAGAAAAUAUAACUAAGAUUUUUACUUGGAUGUUCUCUAAUUGGAAACUUUAUAUUAUUAGCUUUCAAAGUUUGGGUUUCAGCUUUCUGCUCCUUUAUAAAUUCCGCCUUAUUUAAGCUAAUUCAUAUAUUCUUUAAUUUUGUAUAGAAGUGAUAUAAAAGAAAUUUUGCCUUAAUAUGAAGAUAUUUAUAGAAGAGAUAAAUAUAACUUAUUGUUAAGGAAAAUGUAAAGUAAAUACUUAAGAGAGAAACUCUUUCAAUAAUGCAUGUCGUAAGUUUCAUUUGAUAGUGAAUUAGAUAUAAACUAUAAUAAUGAGUUUAUGAUUUUUAUGUAUAUGAAUUCCUUUAUUCAUUAAAUGAAUCUAGAUUAUGAGGUUCUGUUAGACGAUUAUUUGAAGUACUUUUAAUUAUCUAACCUUUAAAAAGAUAAAAUAGAAUAAUCUUUGAAAGAAGAAUAUAUUCAUAGAAAAAAUAACAUAGCUUUUGGAAAUAUCCGAUUUGUUUUCAAAUAAAAGGAUGGAUUACAUAUUGAUUUUAAAUAACCAAUAGGGAAAUUUGAAGAUAAAUAAUUUUGUGAUUAUGUUUAAUUUAAGAUAGAAUUUGCAAAAUAAAUAUCAUAAGUUGAAUCAAUUAGGUCUUUUAAAAAACAUAACACUGAACCCCAUAGUGAAAGAACAUUGAUAUUAUUUCUUUUAGCAGAUAUUGAACUAAAUAAAUCAAUAUUUAAGAAUUUAAAUUAGGAUUUGGUGAAUUAAAAGUAGAUAGGUAUUAUUGAAAACCUUACUAAAAUAUACCUAGAGAUAACAACUGAGAACAGAGUUUGCAGUAGAUGUGUCAACAUGUUUUAACAUAUACCAGUUGAAUUUAUUUGUGAGCAAUUUAAAUAAAGUUUUGGUUUUAAAAUAAACAUCAUUUUUUUUAUUUAUUUAUAUAUAAUUAUANCAUAUUUAUUUAUUUUCUAUAUAAUUUAAACAAUAUAUUUGUUGUUCAUAUUUCUAUUUCUUAUAUAAUAAUAUUUGUUUUUUGAUAUAUAUUAUAUUUAUUUUUUAAUUAUAAAAGUGGGUUUUUAGUAAAUUAUAGUAUUAUAUAAAUAUCCUUAUAAAUAUUAUUCUUUACCUAAUGGAUAAAAAUAACAGAAGUUCUAAGAUUGAAAUAGUUUAGGGUUAAUUCAGAAUAUUGACUAGAGUUAAACGAAGGAUAUCAAUUGAUUUAUUCUAAAGCUAUUAUUCUCAAACAUUGAAAAUUGAAAAUAUAGAACCUAUUAAAGAUAAUUAAAAAAAAAGAAGAAGUAGAAGCUAUUCAAAUUCUAUUUCUUUUUAUGGUUAAGUUUCACAUAUAAAAGAGACUUCUUAAGAUGGCCCAAAUGAAUUCUUUGAAGACUAACUGAAAGAUAAUUUCGAUAAUAGUAGCAAAUCAUAGAUAUCAUCAAAGUUGACAAAUCCAAAUUAUAGAAAAUAUGAUCUGAAUAACAUUUAUGAAACUCGAAAAAAUGAAGUGGAUUUCAGAAAAUAUAACUAAGAUUUUUACUUGGAUGUUCUCUAAUUGGAAACUUUAUAUUAUUAGCUUUCAAAGUUUGGGUUUCAGCUUUCUGCUCCUUUAUAAAUUCCGCCUUAUUUAAGCUAAUUCAUAUAUUCUUUAAUUUUGUAUAGAAGUGAUAUAAAAGAAAUUUUGCCUUAAUAUGAAGAUAUUUAUAGAAGAGAUAAAUAUAACUUAUUGUUAAGGAAAAUGUAAAGUAAAUACUUAAGAGAGAAACUCUUUCAAUAAUGCAUGUCGUAAGUUUCAUUUGAUAGUGAAUUAGAUAUAAACUAUAAUAAUGAGUUUAUGAUUUUUAUGUAUAUGAAUUCCUUUAUUCAUUAAAUGAAUCUAGAUUAUGAGGUUCUGUUAGACGAUUAUUUGAAGUACUUUUAAUUAUCUAACCUUUAAAAAGAUAAAAUAGAAUAAUCUUUGAAAGAAGAAUAUAUUCAUAGAAAAAAUAACAUAGCUUUUGGAAAUAUCCGAUUUGUUUUCAAAUAAAAGGAUGGAUUACAUAUUGAUUUUAAAUAACCAAUAGGGAAAUUUGAAGAUAAAUAAUUUUGUGAUUAUGUUUAAUUUAAGAUAGAAUUUGCAAAAUAAAUAUCAUAAGUUGAAUCAAUUAGGUCUUUUAAAAAACAUAACACUGAACCCCAUAGUGAAAGAACAUUGAUAUUAUUUCUUUUAGCAGAUAUUGAACUAAAUAAAUCAAUAUUUAAGAAUUUAAAUUAGGAUUUGGUGAAUUAAAAGUAGAUAGGUAUUAUUGAAAACCUUACUAAAAUAUACCUAGAGAUAACAACUGAGAACAGAGUUUGCAGUAGAUGUGUCAACAUGUUUUAACAUAUACCAGUUGAAUUUAUUUGUGAGCAAUUUAAAUAAAGUUUUGGUUUUAAAAUAAACAUCAUUUUUUUUAUUUAUUUAUAUAUAAUUAUAUUUAUUUUAAUAUAAUACACAUUUUUGAUAAUAAGAAUCAGAUAAUGAAUUAAGGAUGGGAAGUAAAUGAGGACCACUACUUGGAACAUUUGAUAUAAAAUCCUUUACAUUUUUAAAGAAAAGUAUCACAAUAGUUAGAGAAACCUGCUAUUGUUGUAACUUAAGAAUCCCCUAAAACAAGGAUGAGAUUCAGAACAGCAUCUAUUCCUAAAUUAGAAAAUAGUGGUAAACCAAAUUCUCCAAUAAAAAAAUCAGUCAUAGAACCCUAAUAAAAAGGGGAAUAGCAAAUGAAAUAUCAAGCAUCUCCAAAAAUUUUAAAAACUCCUUUAAGAUAAUAGAAAUUAUAAUUAUUUCCAUAGCGAAUAUCUUUAAGAUCCACUCUUUAUCAAAAAACUCCAAUGGAGGAAAGCAGCCCAAUAAAGUUGGGGAGAACUCUUUAACCAAAACAAUUCAAUCCAAUUUUGUAGAAUGUCAAUGAAACACAUUAUAAUGGUUUAAAAGGAUAGACAAGGUCAGUUAAGAGUGCAUCAAUGAGCAACUUAUUGAACAAUGAGGAGCGUUUAUAAUACAAAAAGAGAAUUGAAGAUUUUGUUUUCAAAUUGAGACCAUAAAGAAAUGCUAGUAUUUUAUAUGUUAAUUCAUAAAAUUCUGUAUAAAGUAUUUCAGAUGAUACUCUAAUAAGAAAAACUUUAAAAUGA